UCAGGCCCACUCAUCCUCAGCUGCACUCUUCCGUAACCAUUUUGGCUCAAGCAGCUGCACGAGAGACCGCCACAUUCCGCGGCAGUCUUGUUCUGCAGCCCGUCCUGUAAGUCACCCACCUGUCCAGACAGCUUCCUCAGCACCAUGCGUGAGGCGAUCUGCAUCCACAUCGGACAGGCAGGCGUUCAGAUUGGUAACGCUUGUUGGGAACUCUUCUGCCUCGAGCAUGGCAUCCAGCCUGACGGGCAGAUGCCCUCCGAUAAGACAAUCGGGGGUGGUGACGACGCCUUCAACACAUUCUUCUCGGAGACGGGUGCCGGCAAGCACGUUCCGCGUUGUGUGAUGGUGGAUCUUGAGCCCACCGUCGUGGACGAGGUCCGCACCGGCACGUACCGCCAGCUCUUCCACCCCGAGCAGCUGAUCUCUGGGAAGGAGGACGCGGCCAACAACUUCGCGCGCGGCCACUACACGAUCGGCAAGGAGAUCGUCGACCUUGUCUUGGACCGCAUUCGGAAGCUCGCCGACAACUGCACCGGGCUCCAGGGGUUCAUGAUCUACAACGCCGUCGGCGGAGGCACCGGAUCCGGGCUGGGCUGCUUAAUGCUGGAGCGCCUGUCGGUGGACUACGGCAAGAAGACCAAGGUCUCGUACACGGUGUGGGCGUGCCCGCAGGUCGCCACGGCAGUGGUGGAGCCUUACAACACUGUGUUGUGCGUGCACUCUUUGCUGGAGCACACGGACGUGACCAUCAUGUACGACAACGAAGCAUUGUACGAUAUUUGCAGGCGGAAUCUCGACAUCGAGCGUCCCACCUACACGAACCUGAACAGGCUUUUGGCCCAGAUCAUAUCCUCGCUGACGGCGUCGCUGCGCUUUGACGGUGCGCUUAACGUGGACAUCACGGAGUUCCAGACGAACCUGGUGCCGUACCCGCGCAUCCAUUUCAUGCUCUCGAGCUACGCACCGGUGAUCUCUGCAGAGAAGGCUUACCACGAGCAGCUCUCUGUGGCGGAAAUUACCAUGUCCGUGUUUGAACCCUCGGCCAUGUUUGUCAAGUGUGACCCCCGCCACGGCAAGUACAUGGCGUGCUGCAUGAUGUACCGAGGCGACGUGGUGCCCAAGGACGUGAACGCAUCGGUAGCCACUAUCAAGACGAAGCGCACGAUUCAGUUUGUGGACUGGUGCCCUACCGGUUUCAAGGUCGGCAUCAACUACCAGCCGCCCACCGUGGUGCCUGGUGGUGAUUUGGCCAAGGUGAUGCGCGCCUGCUGCAUGAUCAGCAACUCCACGGCCAUCGCGGAGGUUUUCUCUCGCAUCGACCACAAGUUCGACCUCAUGUACUCCAAGCGCGCCUUCGUCCACUGGUACGUCGGAGAGGGCAUGGAGGAGGGAGAGUUCUCAGAGGCCCGCGAGGACCUGGCUGCGCUGGAGAAAGACUACGAGGAGGUUGGCAUCGAAACCGCCGAGGGGGAGGGUGAGGAGGAGGGCUAUGGCGACGAGUUCUGAGCCAGACUGUUCGGCUGCAGAAGUGCUGGUGCGACCCAGCUAUCGAAUGAUCUAAUACAAGAACCACUUGGCAUUCGAAUUACGAGUGCCUCGUGUUUGUAAUAUGCAGAGCCACACAAGUAAUCCUCAGGGACCUGGAUCACGCCAGAAG